UUCUUUCCCGGUUCAUACUUGUCUGCCUAUCAAACCUUGUUGAUCUCUCAUUUGCCGAGCUGAUGAUUAAUCUUAGAAUUCUGCCCGUUCACUGUCUUCCCGAUUCCCCAGCGAGAUUACAUCGUUCGCUCUCCCGUGUAGUGGCACAGACCCAUUCUGUGCAGGGGACCCAUUCCGUGCCGCUACACCGGCGUCGCUCCUCACACAGCUCGGCUCACUCCUCACUGCUCACGGCUCGCCGCUCAAGCGCUCCGCCGCGCUGGCUCAGGCUCAGUCAGUACUGGUCUGGCUGUGGUGGGGGUUGGGUAGGGUCGUUGGCGCGUGUAACACGUUAUCUCGUGAAGUGAAAUUAUUCUAACUAGUGACACGCCCCAGCUCGCCGCGUGGCCUGAGUGACUCACCUGCUGCUUGGAGACUGAUGAUCACCAUGACAAGCACCACAGCGGAACUCCCACACUCAAGGAUCUGAAGCUGUUGCACAAGAAGCUCCCCUGAGUGUGUGGUGGUCUGCCCCUGCCUGCCCCUCCUGCCCUGUCUACCCUGCCUGCCUCGCCUGUCUCGUCUGUCUCGUCUUCCACCUUGCCACCUCCGCCUUGGCUCCACGUGCUUCCUUGUGACAGGUCGGCGCAGGUACAGGUCCGCAGGAUGCCACAGGCUUCGCUAGGAGUGUCCCCGGCAGAGGGGUCGGCUUAUGUUGGCAUCGACACCCUUCAGGAGCAGACGCGAUUGAGGGCUCUGCGCCGCGGCUACACCUUCAACUUGGUGGUAGUAGGGCGAAGUGGUCUGGGCAAGUCCACCCUGGUUAACACACUCUUCAAGUCCUCGGUGGCCAGGAAGAAGGAGGGGCAGGAGGAGCCGCUACCUUCCACUACACAGGUGAAGAAGGUGGAGACGACCGUGAGUGAGGGCGGGGUGAAGCUGCACCUCACAGUCACGGACACACCUGGGUUCGGAGACCACAUCAACAACGAGAACUGCUGGGACCCCAUCAUCAGCUACAUCGAGGAGCAGUACGACCGCUACCUGACGGAGGAGCAGAAGGUGCAUCGCCUGCUCAGGAUCCCAGACACCCGCGUGCACUGCUGCCUCUACUUCAUCCCGCCCUCUGGACACUCGUUGAGUUCCCUGGACGUGGAGGUUCUGCGGAGGCUGGACAAGGUCACCAAUGUAGUCCCCAUCAUAGCCAAGGCUGACACUCUCACUAUUGAAGAGCGAGACGCCUUCAAGGAGAGGAUUCGAGCCGAUCUUAAUGACCACGGGAUCAAGACCUACCCGCUGGAGGGCACGGCAGACAUUGAUCACGCCAAGAUGAAGGAGCGUGUGCCCUUCGCCGUGGUGGGCAGUAACAAGUGGCACGAGGUUCACGGCAGGAAGGUGCUGGGGCGGCGCUCCACGUGGGGUCUGGUGGAGGUGGAGAACAAGGCACAUAAUGACUUCGCCUGCUUGAGGGACAUGUUAAUAAGGACACACAUGCAAGACCUUAUCGACUCCACGGAUGAGAUUCACUACGAGAACUACAGACGGACCAAGCUGUCGGCGGCCCUGCACAACGGGAACGCCUCGCAGGACACCAAGGAGUCGCAGAGCAAGCUAUAGGACACCGCCACCACCGCCACCACCACCACCAUUACUACUACUACUACUACUACUACUACUACUACUACUACUCUCGCCUUCUAUCGUUAAUUUUUACUACCACCAUUAUCACUAUCACGACUACAAUAAUUACUACUACUACUACUACUACUACUACUACUACUACUACUACUACUACUACAAUUACUACUACUAUUGAUGGUGAUGACAUGUAUUUGUAACUCUCUCUCUCUCUCUCUCUCUCUCUCUCUCUCUCUCUCUCUCUCUCUCUCUCUCUCUCUGUUGACGCCCAGUUCAGUUCAAAUCGGCCACGCCUUUACAGACAAUUUUCGUCAGGGGCAACAGGUCUGCUUACGUUUGCUUCUCAUUUGUAUUCCUUUGUGACUCCCAGUACACUUAAUGAGGAUCUUGUAAUAGGUUUCCUCAGAUCUGAAUUCCGUACUUUGCUUUUUCAAAAUAACUCUUAAUUAUAAAAGAAAACAAGAGGAGUAUCCGUUUUCUUUUAUUUGUGCACUCGUUAAUCUGAGUAUAUUUAAGGGACCACUUGAAGAUUUCUCACCCGUCAGUGUAAAAGCAUUGAUAAACCAACUCAAAUACUACUUUUCUCUUUUUUCUGUGCAUAAUAAAAGGAAAACAGAGGUGAAAACAGAUUAACCCUCUCAAAAAAAUAAUAAAUAAAUAAAAAAUAAAAGGCUGAGUGUCUCUCCAAUGUAAUAUCUAAGUAAGAAUAACUUAGAUUUAAUAACAACUUCACUGAUAUGAUGCAAAGUAAGAGGAGAAACGACCAGGCCUACACGUGGCAAUUUCUGUGUUGAAGCUCCUUAACUAUCCAAUUGGUAAUGCUGGAUUUAAUUUAGGCAAUGUUCUUUAUUACUGGAUGGCGAAAUCUUGAGGUGAUCCCGAAUGCCAUGUACUCCUCCUUCCCAGACACCUGAGGCCCACCUGCUGGUUAGUAUUGACAGGUGUGAGCUUCCUACAGGUGUGAGCUUCCAAGUGACUUUUUGUAGACGCCUUACUACAAAAAGCUACAGAAAAGUCUGAAUUUAUGUUUUUUCUUACUUUAAUUUUUCAUUGAUUCCAUUUAUUUUACAUUUGUUUAUUCCUGUCUGUGUAUCUGUGUGAAUAAUGAUUUCAAGGUCAUUUUAUAGGCGGUCAUGUGUGUGUGUGUGUGUGUGUGUGUGUGUGUGUGUGUGUGUGUGUGUGUGUGUGUGUGUGUGUGUGUGUACUUCAGCCUUGACAGUGGCCUUUGCAGGUGUUCAAAAGACAGGUCUGUGUGUGUGUGUGUGUGUGUGUGUGUGCAACUCAAGUCACAAACAAGUUCAUGUAAUUUUAAUGUCUUAGUCUGUUGAGUCUUGUCUUUUAAUUGUUCAUGUGUGGUUCCAUUGAGGCCACCGUCGUAGGAAGGUGUAAAUUAAUAGUUGACUUUAAUUAUUUAUUGCCCCUACACCAUGACUGUUGUUAUUAUAAUACUUCUAAUACUAAAAUGAAGAAAUCUUACUAUUAUACUAACGCCCUGAAACACGUGACUGCAAAUCCAUCCUUUUUUACUAUUUUCAUUCAUCAGUUAUUAUUUGUUUGCUCAAAUGUGAAAGCUUAUUUUACGGUUACGCAUUACGAUUUUUUUUUCUUUCGUGUAAUAAUUUUCUCCAAGGCGCUGUUAUAGUUUUUAAGCCUUUCCGUUACCAGUUGCUGUUUAAUUUGUUUUAGUAAGUGUGCUGAGAACGAUUAAACGCUUUGGGAAGAAACGAAGGUGCAGUCUUAAUCCACAUACGAGUACAGGUCUGCACACUCAACCGUCUCCUCCUCUCACCGUGCCCACCUUCAAUAGGCUUCAGUGCAGUGCGGUUUAAUUUUUUGGGGUUGAUGAUAGUUUGCCAAAGAUCCUAGACUGCAGGAGUGUUUUGAAAUGUGUUAUCGUGAUCCCUAUGAUGGUUCGACAAAAUCACUGUAUCCUUAAAAGCUCCAUUGUAAAUUAAUAAGGUUUUACAAGGGUGUUUACUGUCGUCUUGUGGUAGGUUAACAAGAUUUCUGCACACUGAAAAAGCUUUAGUGGAAAUUAUUGGGAUGUGCUUUAGGGAUGUUUCAAUUUAUAUUCUAAAGAUGGAGAAACUAAGAUUCUUUACUGGCAAGCUUUUCUGGAGGUUACUGGCGUUCUCAAGGAUGUUUUCGAUAUUUUAAUGACAGAAUAACCAGAAUUUUACACUUUAACAAGCUCUCGUGAACGUUAUUGGAAUUUUCAAAGGUAUUUUCCUGAUUUUAGUAACAGUUAUCAAGAAUCCUGCAUUAUUUAGAAGGGAAACACCCACGAGAACCCGCUCAAUGAUUAAUGUGGCCUUUGAAAGUGUUCUUGGUGAGAAAUCAAAGCGUGCCAGAGCUGGGACCUCAGACUCGCCCCCUCGUGUCCUCGGUGUUCCUUGCCAAAUGUCCUCGAGACCCAGUGUAUAUGACGGCUGUUUCUACAAUACAUCACUCAUUUUUA